CCGAUUCCGAGUAACGAGCAAGCACGAUGAGCGAAGGAGAAGCAAAGCACCCCGGACUGCUCAUCGACUUCGUCGUCGUGGGCGGCGGCAUCGCAGGCCUCGGGUGUGCAAUCGCACUGCGCAAGAUAGGGCACAAUGUCACUGUUCUGGAGAAACUCACGACAGAAGAACGGUAUGCGCUGCCGGUCGGUGGCAUCCGGAUACCACCUAACGGCACCAAGAUCCUGUCGCACUGGGGGCUGGAAGAGGAGAUCAAGAAGGUCUCUGUCACAUCGACGCAUAUUCAUGUGCACGCAUACCAAUCGGGCCACUUCUUUGGAUCGCAUCAAUGGGAUCAGGAGAUGCUCGACGAGGCCGGGGGCGAAUACCUCUUCAUGCCGCACAACGACCUGUACAGGAUAAUCCUGGAUCGUGCGACAGAGUUGGGCGCAAACAUUCGGACGGGCGUGGAAGUAGCCAGCGUAAAUAUCGAUGACCAUGAAGAUGACCCCCAGUACACUGCCAUCCUUACCACUGGCGAGCGGAUAUCAGGAGACGUGAUUGUUGGUGCGGACAGCCGGUGGAGCAGACUCCAGCGAUUUGUCGAGGGAAGUGACGUCUGGGACAACGCGCCCCUCAGAUGUGUCACCUACCACUGUCUCAUACCAACCCAACUCUUGGACCAGGACCCGGAUUUAUCGUUUCUUGAUCGUGAAGGGGCCGGAGUGUUUGUGUGGAUGGGGGACAAUCGGACAUUCACUUGUUAUCCUGCGGGAAAGGAUUAUUUUGCAUUGCACUAUUCGCAUAUGCCCGAAAGUCAGCCAGAAGGAUUUUUUGCCAGCAAAGAAGAGCUUCUUUCUGUCCUGGGAGACGCCGACCCAAGAAUACGGAAGAUCGUCUCCUUUGCCGGUCCAACCAUUUCACGCAUCCCCGCCAAGAUCGUUGACCCCCUCGAGCAAUGGGUGCACCCCUCCGGCCGCCUCGUGCUCGUCGGCGAAGCCGCGCACCCGCUCCCGUUCGGCGCGCUGCAGGCGGGCGCAAUGGCGCUCGAAGACGCAGCCGUGCUCGCGAAGCUCUUCUCGCACCUCGCGUCCGCAGACCAGAUCGCGCCGUUCCUCUUCGCGUUCCAGGACCUGCGCGAGGCGCGCUGCGCACGCGUGGCCACGAGCGAGGCGUUCAACCUGUACUGGAUGAUGCUGCCCGACGGCGCGGAGCAGCGCGAGCGCGAUGCGCGCAUGCGCGGGAAUGUCGCGGAGGGGCGGACUGUGAUUGGCUCGAUUGAGCGCGAGGGCGCGAGUCAGUGGGAGAGUGUGAAGGAGAUGUUUGCGUAUGAUGCGGAGGACGCGGCGGAUGAUUGGUGGGUCAAGUGGGGGUUGUUGAGGGAGGCGGCGAAGCAGAAUGCGUUGACGGAGGACGCGGCCGCGUCGGUGGCCUCGCUGAAUAUCAGCGUGUCGUAGUGCGCCGCGCGGCUUUUCAUUUUCAUUUGGUAGGCUAUGAUGCUUGCUUGAACUGUGGUCAUAUCAUUUCUCGUUCUUGGAUAGUAGUUUCACAGAAGGUUCAUUCGUCGUCGUUCAUGUACAUUACCCCACAUAUCUCCUCAUCUCUGCACUCACAACGCGCUUGACGUCCAUAGUGUACAUACCUGCAAUUAUCUCUUACAUUAUAUCAACUUUGCUUAUGAAC